UUGUUGUGCAGCUCAGUCUUGGAAUAGGGAAGGCGUGCGUCACGGUGCUCGACCGCGGAAGUAGUGAAUUCCAUGUCUGUGAUGCCCGACAUAUAACUACUCGAGCCAUAUCUUCAAGUCUUAUCUGUAGGCUUCAAGCAGCUCCUCUCGACAGCAGGGCCCCGCAUACACCCCGGUCCUUCCGCACAUAUCCCCAGAUCUCCAGCAAAUCAUCCGCUACAAUGGGUUUCCAACUGAAGCAGCUCUGGUCGGCGCCAGAGGUCAACCCCUACAACAAGAAGGCGAAAUCGAUCCCCGUGCUCAACCCUGUCGACAAGUACGGCCGUGUGUUCUUCUUCAGUUACCUGGGCUUCUUCAUUGCAUUCUGGUCAUGGUACGCCUUUCCACCUUUGCUCAGCGUCAGCAUCAAGAAGGAUAUGCACCUUUCUCAAAAUGAGGUUGCCAACUCCAAUAUCAUUGCACUGACUGCCACACUGCUCGUGCGAGCCAUCGCCGGUCCCAUGUGCGACAGCAUUGGUCCUCGCAAGACCUUUGCUGCUCUGCUCUUCAUGGGUGCCAUUCCCACUGCCCUUGCAGGUACCGCGAAGAAUGCGAUGGGUCUGUACUUCAUUCGCUUCUUUGUCGGUAUCCUUGGCGGCACAUUUGUCCCCUGCCAGGUCUGGACGACGGGUUUCUUCGACAGAAACAUUGUUGGCACUGCCAACGCUCUUGUUGGCGGCUGGGGUAACUCUGGCGGCGGCAUCACUUACUUUGUCAUGCCUGCCAUCUACGACUCGCUUCGUCAAGAGCGCGGCCUGUCUUCCCACGUCGCGUGGCGCGUUUCUUUCAUCGUCCCCUUUAUCCUCAUCACCAUCACCGCGACUGGCCUCCUGCUCCUCACUGACGACACACCCACUGGCUCAUGGGCCGAUCGCGGUGCUGUCGUUGUCCGUGGCACUGCCCAGUCCAACGUCGUUGCCACCACCGGCGGCAUCGCGGACAAGCCUGAGGCAGUGAAUGGAUCCAUCAGUUCUUCCGACGAGAAGAAGAAUCAAUCCGAGCGCGACGUCGAGUCUGCAUCUACCUCUGACAACGGUCAGAUCCUGGACGAGGUGCAGCACGAGGUCGUCGUCAAGCCCACUCUCAAGGAAGCCAUGAAGGUCCUGGUCUCCCCCCAGACCCUCAUGUUGUGCGCAGGAUACUUCUGCUCCUUCGGCGGCGAGCUCGCAAUCAACUCCGUCCUCGGCUCGUACUACCUCAAGAACUUCCCCUCGCUGGGCCAGACUCAGUCCGGCCGCUGGGCCGCCAUGUUUGGUCUGCUCAACGUCAUCACCCGCCCUCUCGGUGGCUUCAUCGGCGACUUGAUCUACAAGUACAGCCACGGCAACCUGUGGGCGAAGAAGUGCUGGAUCCACUUUGUCGGCGUGAUGAGCGGCAUCUUCCUAAUCGUCAUCGGCAAGCUCAACCCGCACGACCUCGACACCAUGAUCGGACUCGUUGCGCUCAUGGCUAUCUUCAUGGAAGCCGGUAACGGCGCUAACUUUGCGCUUGUGCCGCACAUUCACCCGCACGCCAACGGCAUCCUGUCCGGCAUCGUCGGCGCGACGGGGAAUUUCGGUGGCAUUGUUUUUGCGAUUAUCUUCCGCUACCAUCCGGGGCAGUACGCGCGUGUGUUUUGGAUCAUGGGCUGUAUGAUUAUCGCGCUUAAUUUGUGCUUGGCGUGGGUUAGACCUAUUCCCAAGGGCCAGAUCGGUGGUCGCUAGGCUGGAAGCGCGUUGCUUUGAAGUUUUGUUUGCGAGCGCUUGUUUAUACACCAGAGUUGC